CUCUUCCUCUUUCCCCCCUCCUCUUCGCCCUCCGGAAAAGAUCUCGGAAACCCUAAAUUUUCUCCCAAAGCUGCCCCCUUCCCCACCUCCAAUUCCACCCAAAUUCCAUCCCAUUUUCCUUCGAUUUCUCCAGAUUCGACCUCAGAUCUCUCUCCACCAUCGCCGAUUCUGGGGCUUCGAUUCGUUUUCCUUAAGAUCUAGGGUUUUUUGGAUCGCGACGUCGGUCAGGAUUUCUUAUGCCCCAUUCGAAUUCCUAGGGAAUCAGGGGAUUGAUGUCGAUUCCGGCGAAGAGCGACGAGUCCGUCGAGAUCCGGGAGGUGUGGGCGGAUAACCUCGAGGUGGAGUUCGCCGUGAUUCGAGAGAUUGUCGACGAGUACCCCUUUAUCGCCAUGGACACCGAGUUCCCUGGCGUCGCCAUCACCCCCGUCCGCGCGUUCAAGAACAUCUCGGAUCAACACUACCAGACCCUCCGCGCCAACGUCGACCUCCUCCACCUCAUCCAGGUCGGCAUCACGUUCUCCGACGCCUCUGGCUGCCUCCCGCCCUCCCCUUCCGGCGGUGGCCUUCGCUGCGUCUGGCAGUUCAACUUCCGGGAGUUCGACCCCGACCGGGACGUCUCCAACCCCGAUUCCAUUGACCUCCUCCGCCGCUCCGGCAUCGACUUCGUGAAGAACCGGGAGCAGGGGAUCGAUGCCCUCCGCUUCGCGGAGCUUCUCAUGUCUUCCGGUGUUGUGCUUAAUGAUUCGGUCCAGUGGAUCGCAUUCCAUGGAGCCUAUGACUUUGCCUACCUCCUCAAGAUCCUGACUUGCCGCCGGCUCCCGGAGAGCUUGGAGGAGUUCUUCGAACUCGUCGGGGCGUUCUUUCCUAUAGUCUAUGACAUCAAACACCUGAUGAGGUUCUGCAACAAUCUUUAUGGGGGGCUCAAUAAGGUGGCCGAGCAGGUGGAUGCCGAGCGGAUUGGGGUCUGCCACCAGGCAGGCUCCGACAGCUUGCUCACUGCUCGUGUCUUUUGGAGGUUGAAGGAGAACUACUUUGAUGGGUCCAUUGAGAGAUAUGCUGGCUGUUUGUAUGGUCUUGAGACCUGACAUAAUAGUUAUUUGGAUAAAGAAGAAAAAUAUUAGAAAUAAAUUUUGGAUGAGUCCAGAAAAAAAGAAAACUUGCUUUGGUGAAUACAUGCAUGGUGUGGUAUUCUCCUCAUUUGUCUACUUACGUCUUUGGUUGGUGAAAGUGGUGGCUUCUUAGGCUGGUUUUUAUUGCCU